UUGUUCUGAAGUCUGACUGCUGAAACGAAUCUACUCAAUGAAUGAGUACAACGAUAUGCUCAAGCAUGAAAUGAGAGUCUGAUGUACAACAAACUUACUAAGGACAUUUGUUUUCCGAAAGGUUAAAUUAAACGAUUUGUAAAAGAUUAACAUCAAGCCUGCUGAGAUGAUGAAGGAAUGCCUGCAGUUUCUCAUUGAGCCGGCCAAGAAGCUCAAGGUCCGUCUAAAGGAGACACGAAAGAAAGUAAAACAUGUUAAAAAGGAGCCUUUAACAGAGAGUCAACUGUUUAUCAUGGAGCUGGCGCGAGAACUUAACCGGCUCUGUCAGAGAUCAGACAUUCUUGCCCACAUCUGGAUGGGAGAGGAUAUAUGGCCUCCACACGCCUGUCGAGAGUUCAUUGUGGAGACGGCCAACAUACUGGGGAUGAAGGAAAAUACAGAGAAGUCUGUUGAGGUUUAUGCUGACGUGAAUCCAGAGAAGCGUGACUGGAAGGCUCAUUUGCUUUGCAUGCUUGAGCAGGGAGGAGAAUAUGACAUGGGUCCCUUUAAAAGGGUCAUUAUGGACUGGACCAGAGAUCAGCGCAGCAGACAUCCGAAUGGUGUCUGGCCAGGUGAGGCAGUGAUAAUGAUGUUGGAUGAUGUGGAGCUGCAGUGGAAGAGGGGUCACCUGUCACGUCUGGACUCUGCUGUGGAGCUGCUCAUAUAUCUCCUGCUUGGGGAACAUUUAGACAAGGAACUUAUUCCAAGACUGUGGCUGGCACAAAAACAAAGAACCCAGAAGAUCGGUUGUACUGGCUACAUUCCACACACAGUUUGGAACUGGAUAUGCGAUGCUUCCGUGGAAGUGAGCCUUGACCCAGAGACGGCCAACCCUGCGUUGCUGCUAUCAAAGGACCACAAGCGAAUGCACUGUGGUCUGGAGCGUCGAGAGGUCUCCAGCAGUUUGCGCCGCUUUGAUGGCUGGUGGUGCUGUUCAGCCUCAAAAGGAUUUUCGUCGGGACGGCAUUAUUGGGAGGUAGAAGUGGGUGACCGUGAUUGGCGUCUCGGGGUGGCCAAAGAGUCGGCCCUCUGUAAAGGCUACAGACCGCUGAAUGGUCCGAGCGGAUAUUUCACACUCAGGCUGGAGAGAGGCACGGAGCUCAAGGCAGUGACUGUCCCGGCUACCUAUUUACCCCAGGCAUUCAUUCCACAGAGAGUGGGGAUCUACCUGGACUUUGAAGAGGGCCAGCUGUCCUUCUAUGACACCAAACGGCGAGCGCACAUCUACACGUACAGCGAGAGGUUCACAGAGAAGCUUUACCCGGUGUUUGGGACAGUUGAGAUGGUGAGAGAGCUGGUCAUCAGGCCUGCAGACGUCAGGGAACCAUGUCUCUGUAAGGGACCCUGUCUGUUCUGUUGAUGUACAGUACAUCAUAUAGAGCGAGAUCUCUCGAUACACAGAUAUAAAUGCAAAUCACGCAUACACCCACAGUAUUCGAAACAAAUUUGCCAUUGCUUGCGUAAAAGGGGGAUUGGCGUGCACAGAGGUAUAUGUAAUAUUUUUUAGAAUAGGUAAACAGUUGCUUCGUGCAGAUGCUGAUAAAAGAUGAAUCAUUAGUAAUUCAACCAAGGGCUUGUUUACUCUAGCUGACCGAUGCACGAGCGCUGGGCAUGCUGCCUUCUUGAAUUUGUGAAAACAGAUAUCUGCAGUUUUUCCGUAUAGUUUGAUAAAGUUGUAUCUUCAUGUAAAUAUAUAGUUUGAAGGGAAAGUUCACCAAAAAUUAAACCUUCUUUCAUCACAACUACUACAAUAGAUAGAUACAUUCAGUGCUGCCCACAAAGUCAACACGAUUCUUUUUAAAGUCAGGUGGGUGUAUAAAUGAGACCACAACAAUUUACACGAAAACCAUUUUCAGAGGUUUACACCCACCUGACUUAAUAAAGAAUCGUGUUGACUUUGUGGGCAGCACUGAAUGUCUAUCUAUUGUCAUAGUUGUGUAUGACUCUCUUGAUUGUCUUCAAUGUAAAAAGAGGAAUCUCAACGUCAUUCAGCUACUGCUGGACAUGAGAAAAAUAUCCAGAAAUGCUGAAAAAGCAAAGAUUGUGGAGGACCUGGAUGAUAGUUUUGAAGUUCAGUGGACAGUCUGAUGACUCAUGACAAACAAGAAACCCUUAAAGAAAUAUGACUAAACAUAAAAACUGUCUUUGAUUGUUUAAGUAACAUCAUACAGUAUUCAGAAUCAGGGGCGUCUAAACUUUUGCCCUGGACUAUUUUUAGUAAUUCUGUUAUUAUUCUUUAGUUUGAACUUUGUUAACAUGUCUUAAGUGAAAUAACUUGCUCAAGGCAGUACUAAAUUAAAAAUAAACUUCAAAAAUCUUCUUAUUUUUCCAAAAGUUUCAGCCUUUUCCAGAUUUUGCAAGGGGUGUGUAAACUUUUGAGCACAACUGUAUAUUUUGAGGAGUUUUGACAUUGGCCUCCAUUGACGUCCAUUGUAUGGAGACAAAACCGCUUAUACAUUUCUUAAAAUAUUUUUACGGUUAACAGUCAUAAACAGAUUUAGAAGAAAAUGAGGGUGAAUAAAUAAUGGUAGAGUUUUUGGGGUGAACUAUUCCGUUAAGGUAUACAAAAAAUAGUUCUCACUAUAAUAUAAAAAUAUAAUGGAAAAAAUAAUAAAAUAAAGAAAAAAAUUGAAUUAGAGUGAUAACAAUGUUUUAAACUGUUCAUAUACUGUAUUAUUUUUGUCAUGUGCAUAUAAAAUCAUGUUUUUUUCCGCCUUGCUUCUUUUAAACCAUUUACUCUUACAACACCCAUUUACACAGCAAUUUUACUUCACGUUGGGUUUCUUAUGUGCAGUCAAUAAAAAACGUGAUUUUGAGUAUCACUGCAUGAAGAGCCACUAGCACACUUUUUCAUUUAUGCAAAACCAACAUAAAAUCUACAUUUAUCUGAAUAUUGUAACUUGUAAGCUCUGGUAUAUCUGUAAAUACAAAAAUGCAUUUAAGUGCAUUUCACUUGGCAGUAGCAUACGGAA